UGUACGUUCUCUCUAAAAAAACAAAAGAGUAUCCACGAAGCCCUAAAACGCAGUUGUCAGUCAUUUUCUUCGUCUUCUUCAACCUCUGUUGCUCUUUCAUCUCAUGAGUCAAUCAAUGGCGAGAAUUCUGAAGCCUCAAGAACUCGUUUAUCUGAACCGUCCUACCAAGGAGCUACUCUACCGGAGGCUUAAUUCUUCAGCUGCAAAUGGUUCGGCUGCUGUAAAGUUUGUUGGAAACUCAGAUGGGUCCUCAAAGAGUUCCUUCUUGGGUUGCCUCUCCAAGUUUAACCAAUCUCCAGCAGUAUUUACAAAAAUCGGCUUCAAAACUGAGACUUUAACUAGUAAUGGGUCAUCGUCGGUCCCGUUGGUGUUCAGAUGUCCUCAGCGGCGCUUGUUCCAGUCUGCAGAAGUGUUACCUCCUUUCUCUGCCAGGUCCAUUUCGACAAUGGGAAAUUCAGUUGAUUCACCAUCAGUGAAUUUAUCUGCAUCUGUAUCUGAUGUACCUCCACGAAUCAAAUUUAAGAGGCUCGAUAAAACUGCCAGGAACAUAAUGCAGAUUUUAGAUAGGGAAGCUGUACAGGACGUGAGGACACAGAGAGAAAUACCAGAAAUAAAGCCUGGUUACAUUGUGCAGCUCAAAGUGGAAGUACCUGAGAACAAGAGACGUGUUUCAAUCUUGAAAGGCAUUGUCAUAGCAAGGCGAAAUGCUGGUUUAAAUACUACAUUCAGAAUAAGGAGACUGGUGGCUGGGGUUGGGGUAGAAUCCUUAUUUCCACUGUAUUCACCAAAUAUAAAGGAGAUAAAGGUGCUGGAGAAAAAGAAAGUAAGGAGAGCCAAGCUAUACUAUCUCAGGGACAAAAUGAAUGCACUUAAGAAGCAAUAGGACUCUAUACAGGUGGCGAGAACUGAUAGAUGUUUCUUGGUGAAGACGUAAAGACUAGAGACGGUGAAAAUGAAACGCUCUGGUCAGAAUUCACGUUUCACUAAUUAUUUUAUUUUUCUCCAAUUUUGUGCUGUAGAAUUCAACUCUGAUUCUUUUCAAGUUGUUUCAGAUCCAUGGAGGAUGUGAGUGUUUUUUUGUAGAACUGCAGGUUGAGAAUAGUCAAGUCCACUGGAAUGCAAUGCACUAAAAUAAUAUUUCAUCAUGAGCUCAAAAUUAUCAUUUGGUUCUAAAUCAUGUGUUUGGCUUGGGGUUGUAGCUUGUACCGAGUUAUCACGAUCUGUUGGGAUUUUUUUUAAAAAUUUUAUAGGAGUGAGGUUAAACCAGAAGAUACCCACUAAUUUUGGUACAAUAAGCCAUGAAGAUGAAGAUUGAUUGUAUGUUGGAGUGAAAUCUAGAUAUUGUUCUACCAUCCAAGCUUGUGGUUUUCAUUACCAAUUAACUCUAUAUACUUGCUCAACCUUUUCAUA